AUGAACCCUUUCUGGAGCAUGUCUACAAGCUCUGUACGCAAACGGUCUGAUGGUGAAGAGAAGACAUUAACAGGGGAUGUGAAAACCAGUCCUCCACGCACCGCUCCAAAGAAACAGCUGCCUUCUAUUCCCAAAAAUGCUUUGCCCAUAACUAAGCCUACAUCUCCUGCCCCAGCAACACAGUCAACAAAUGGCACGCAUGCUUCCUACGGACCUUUCUACCUGGAAUACUCCCUUCUUGCAGAGUUUACCUUGGUUGUGAAGCAGAAGUUACCAGGUGUCUACGUGCAGCCGUCUUACCGAUCUGCAUUAAUGUGGUUUGGAGUAAUAUUCAUACGGCAUGGACUUUAUCAAGAUGGCGUAUUUAAGUUUACAGUUUACAUCCCUGAUAACUACCCAGAUGGUGACUGUCCACGUUUGGUGUUUGAUAUUCCCGUCUUUCACCCGCUAGUGGAUCCCACCUCGGGUGAGCUCGAUGUGAAGAGAGCAUUUGCAAAAUGGAGGCGGAACCAUAAUCACAUUUGGCAAGUACUGAUGUACGCAAGGAGAGUCUUCUACAAGAUUGAUACAGCAAGCCCCCUAAACCCAGAGGCUGCAGUACUGUACGAGAAAGAUAUUCAGCUUUUUAAAAGUAAAGUGGUUGACAGCGUUAAGGUGUGCACUGCUCGCUUGUUUGACCAACCUAAAAUAGAAGACCCCUAUGCAAUUAGCUUUUCUCCAUGGAAUCCUUCUGUCCAUGAUGAAGCCAGAGAGAAGAUGCUGACUCAGAAAAAGAAGCCUGAAGAACAGCACAAUAAAAGUGUUCAUGUCGCUGGCCUGUCGUGGGUGAAGCCUGGCUCAGUACAGCCUUUCAGUAAAGAAGAGAAAACAGGAGCGACUUAA